AGGCCCCUCCUCACCCUUCGACCCAACUCCUUCAUGAGUGAGCGAUUGUAUCGAGUCUCUUAACUUUAUCUUUGGAUGACCACGCCAGCCAUGGACUCGACGGGCGUAACCGCCGAAUCGUCCCGCUCAGCGGAGAUAAGCCCUCCCUCCUCUGCUCCUCCGGAAGUCAACAAGCCGAACUCACAAUCACCACGCCCUUCACCUUUGCCACCAUACUUCAGAUCGUAUGAAGCCUACAUCGAACAUUGCGUGGCGCAAGUCGGACGAGACGAGAUCCCCGAAGCUGCGUUUGACCGCCUAUGCACGAGUUGUACGGCGGUGUUCAUGAAGAUAGCCAGAUUGAUUGCUGGGGGCAAAGAAUACCCGGAAGUUCCCUUUUGCACCAUCAAUGAAUUUCUCAGAUCAGCUGUUGAAGGAAAGUGCCAUGUUUGUCAUUGGAGCCUAGAAUCAGGUGUCGAUUGGCUGGAGCGGGGAGAUGCAGCAUUAACAUUAUGUAGAUGUGUUUAUGAUUUGUACUGGCGAGUUGUGAAAGGUGAUGGCACAAAAGGGGAACUCACUUGGAUUGAUGUCGAACGCAAUGAUGGGAGCUAUACUAGAGACCGUCGUCUCCUAACUGCGCUCACUACAGCAAGCGAAGCAAGCUGGAAUCAAGCGCUCAAAUGGAUCGAAAACUGCCGCUCGCACCCCCUCUGUAAUCCGAUCCAGACCGCCAAUGCGCAGGAUAAAUGGCCUGCCCGGCUGGUCGCCGUGGGAGACAUUGGAGAUGCACACGUUAGGAUAUGCGAAACGAGUCAACCGGGUCUUGUGGAAAAACCCUACAUGACUCUCAGUCACUGUUGGGGAGAGAACGGGGUACCUAUUCGACUUCUGAACGAAAACUACGUUAGAUUCCUGGAGGGAAUCCAAGUUGGCGAGCUACCAAGAACCUUUCGAGAUGCGAUCGAUGUCACUCGGAAAUUGAAGAUCCCCUUCCUUUGGAUUGAUUCGCUCUGUAUCAUUCAGAACUCCAAUGAGGAUUGGAUUCAGGAAUCAGGCAAAAUGCAACAAGUCUACCAGAAUUCCUUUCUCAACCUGGCCGCUGGCGCCUCAGCUGAUGCCAAUGGGGGCCUCUUCUACCGACGACACCCGCUUUCGAUAACACCUUGGUUUAUACGAAUUGGAGAAGAUCGUUACUUAAUGGCCGAGUAUAUCAAUGAACAUACAACAAAGUCUUAUUUAUCAACGGAGCUCAUUCUCUACACCCGUGGAUGGGUACUUCAGGAACAACUUCUGGCGCGACGUACUCUUAUUUUUGGUCGAAAGGAGCUACACUGGGAAUGCUCAACAUAUCAAGCGAGUGAAUCCUUCCCAGAGUUCCUUGACAGACCUAGAAGUCUAUAUCGAGAUUAUGCAAAGAUAUUCCGGCCUGACUGGCAAAAUCUGCUUGGGGGCAAGCUGGUGGACUCGGAGCGGCAAGAGGCAUGGAACCGGCUGAUAAAGACAUACUUUAGGAGAUCUCUCACCCAGACUUCAGACAGACUUGUGGCUAUUUCUGGCCUUGCAGAGCAGCUAAGCAGUGAAUGGAGUGGUAUAACCUAUCUUGCCGGGCUAUGGUCAUAUCGCCUUAUCCAAAAUCUUUUGUGGUUUUGUCGAGGGCCAUGCAGUCAGAAAAAUAUGGAAAUAGCCCCUUCAUGGUCUUGGGCUUCCCUUAUUCAACCUGGUCGAUCUGGGCAGCUGUCCAACCUAGGGUAUUUUCUGGACACCCAAGAGACUGUAGAUGUAUUGGCCGAGGUUCUGGAAGCGAGUGUAACACCACAAAAUAGGACAAACGCCUUUGGCCCUAUCAAGUUUGGAGGAAGUAUCAAGCUCCGAAGUCCGGUUCUGCGAGCGAGAAUUACCGCUAUUCCAGACUGUCGUAGAGACGACUGUGAGGACUACAACUUGGGUACACUUGAACUCGAAGAUAUUAGAAUAUGCGUACAGUGGGACGAGGCUAACGACGUCAAGGUUGACGUACAAGAUGUUUACCUGGUACCAUUCAUGAUUCGAUAUGGAGGGUAUAACAUAAUGAUCUAUGGAUUGAUUCUCAAGACAGCAGUCUAUCCUCACGAAACGCAGUUUCAAAGAGCUGGGCACUUUUUCUUCUUUGACAAAGAGCCUCAGGAGAGGAGAGACAGCAAUGCUGAAGACGCAGUACUUGAAAACCAAGAAAAUUCUUCAGAUGAGGGAAUUGAUAUGGUCCAGAAAAACAUCCCUCAAGAACUGAAGAAAAAGGGCUUAUUUAGAAACAUCGACUUGUGGUUCACUAAAAAGGUCAGGAAUGGGCUGAAAGAGCGAAUGGAUUACUUGAAGAAAGACCCGUAUGUCAACGGCCCUCCUUUGAAUACUACUCUGGAGAAUCGUUAUCUCGCAGAGUCUGGUAGGAAAUUCCUUCCUCAUACCUCGAAAGUUCUAGAGGCUAUUGCCCAGGCUGCCAAGCACAACAAAGCAAACGGGACUCCCGAUCCUGUGCUUGGAUUGGGCGAAGGGAAUGGGUAUUAUACAUAUGAAAUUGUGUGAAGGCUGAAGGGUUGGGGCAUUGUUAGUGUGUUUUCUUUUUUCCGUGUUUUGUCUUCUUCUCAUUGAUUUGGUGGUGGAGCGGAUGAGAUUCUGGAUUUGUUGAUGAGCUUGUACUUUCUUUUCAUUAUUCAUCUCAUGUUCAUUUUUCUUUCCCAAAUCAUAGCUGCAAUGUACUGUCCAAUUCCGAGUUUACUACUAGUUUGAAUUUACUGGCUACCUCAUUGUUGA